AUGCCUUAUAUAGCCCGGACAAGUGCUCUCCCCGAGCUAGCUCUCAGUGGCGGGCUCAUUGACCCCCGAGCCGAUACACAGGCUUCAUUCAAAAAACGGAUGAACUGCCGCGACGCAACCGACUUCAUUUCCAACACCAAGCUUCCAUCUUUGGAAUCGAUGCACAAAAUGGCUGGCGUUAGUCCUACAACUUGGAGUGGGCAACGCCGCAAGCCAGAUAGCGAGUAUCAAGCCAAACUCGACAAGAUCCUAGCCCGUUCGAGGGAGCUUGGGCUUUCUCGCAGAGAAAAGAGCCCAGGCCAGCCCUUGUCCGACCUUGUACCGGGGUUGGUUACCAGCGGUGGUCUCAGUCGCUCGCCUGCUUUCGAUUGUCUGCCCGUAGCCUCCCACUGGACUGAUCGUACCGACGAGGUUUCGGCAGAGGACCCUGCUGCCACCAUCCGCCUUUCUUCCACAUGGGGUACAACUCAUCUCAUUGGAGAAGGAACUACCAUGGCCUACCCUCUUGGUGCCCCUUGCUGGUCGCUCAAGACUCAUGGCAUAGGACCGGUCGAAGCUGGGUCAAACCGGGGAGUUCUGGCAGCCGCCGCAAGUACCUCUUGGAUGCGCAACGCACGCGUUGCAGACGCCGUCGAUUGUGCAGUCGGGCUUCUAGCCGACGCCUCGGCUCUCUUGGAAGCCCGUGAUAAGGUAAUCACAACUGGAACGACAGAGCGUCUAGGAUUUGCAGAGGUGAGAGCGAUUGAACUGCCCUCUUGGUGCUCUGCUCGCAAGCCCCUCCCACCGAAGCUGAGUGGCGUGGCGCUCUCACCCGAUCAGAUCACUGCCGACCUCAUCGCAGCAGAGGGCUGCGAAGGCCCUCUCCUCAAUACCAGCAUUUUCUCCAUGGGUGUGGGCUACAACCGGGGCGUCUAUGGUGGUUCAAUCUCUGGCUUGUGGGCUCUCAUGGACUCGGGUUUUGUCCUUGAUUACUCUGUGGGCGUCAAAGACUCCGAUAUGGCAGACAAACUCUUUUCUGCUUUCUCAGAUGUAGCUGCCGUUGCUGAAGUAUCCCCCUCUGCUGGCCCACACAUCACCGAUAUACGAAUCGUCAAGGGCUGCAAUUAUGGAUGUUUACGCCAGAAGACCAUUAUCGAGGAUGUCCAUCCUAUCCCCUCCCGCCCGUGUGUUGUUAUAUGGGACGAUCUCGCCCGUCUUGCCCGUUAUAAACUAGCGGAUGCCGUCUUCUGUCACGUCUACUACGACGCGGGUGGCGGUGAACAGAUGGCUGCUAUCGCCGGUCUUGGGUGCGUUGCACAUGACUGGAUUGAUCUUGGAGCUGAUGUAGCAUGCGGAGAAGUGAGCAACAUCAUCCCUUCCCUGACGCGGGGGUCUUUGGAGGAGGAACCACUAGCUGAGGUUUACUCGCGCUUAACUGGUGCUAUGAUCUGGUAUCGGGACAACGACCCUUAUAACCCAGCAGCCCUGUGCCUUCUCUUCACGCACUGGUGGCAGCUCGCCAACUGCAGACACAGACCCGUCACGCUUCUCGGCAGGACAGAUUUCGGUGUUGAAGCAGCUAUCGCCGCCACCGUCCCGACAGAGAGACCCUCGUUGGAACACUUCCGAGCAUGCGGCACUAAGGUCGAGCGUGGGGAGCAUCCUUUCGCCAACGCCGAGGCACGGCUCCAAUCAAUCCUUUCCUCUGACCCUUUGCCGGAAACUCGUGCAGUUAUCGACCUCCUUGUAGCCCCUAUCCUCGCUUACGUGAAAGGGGCUGAUAGCCUACCCUAUGAGAGUGAGUACGCUGGGGCCGUCCUCGCUGCCGAACUGGCUUAUCCCCACGGGCAGAAAAUCAUAGAGCUAUGGGAUCUUGCUAUCGUUAUGUGGGAGAGCGGCGCAUUGUGGGCGGCUGGAAUUGCAUGUCUUUGCUAUACGCACAAUGGAAAGGCCAACUGCGACCGGGCUCGGGAUGACUUGGCUGACACCACCUGGACUUGA